CUAAGUUAUCACUUGCCAUAAAUAAUUGUUUCGGUCGUUUUUAUUUUUAGUCAUUUACACGUAACAACUUCCUUUAAUUUGUGAUGUGUUUUGAAGUAGUUUGUUAUAAACAUUCUAGAAAUUCCAUAGCUAGAGUGGACCUAGCUCUUUGAAUUGUUUUUAUUUCAACUAUUAUUUUUUUAUUUCACUUGAAUCAAUCUGAACGAACAUUUAUAAGUGUACCAGACCUACUCGAUCUUGCUUCGACUUUUAAUUCCUUAAUUGAAUUCAUUACUUCGUGAAAGGAAAAAUGAACACCUUGUUUUUUUUCGGCAUGUGUUUAAUCGUGGCCAUUAAUGACUGCGUCUCGGAAAGUGAUAUUGAACAAGAAUGGAAAUUGUUCAAGGAUACUUAUAAAAAAGACUAUGCCAAUAAUGCGACUGAAGAAAUAAUUCGUAAACAAAUUUUCAUAAAUAAUACGCAAAUGAUAAAAGAGCACAACGCAAAGUUUGAAACUGGCAACGUUACAUUCAAAAUGGGAAUGAACCAGUUUGGUGAUUUGAAACACGAAGAGUUUUUGAAACGAUUUAGCUACAGGGAAAUUAAGGAAAAACAUUUUGAAGACGAUUAUAACAAUGAAGACGUGUAUAUUGAUGAUGAUCAUAACGAUGAAGAAGAACGACCGACUCCUCCAGAAUUUCAUUGGAAAGAGCCUGAAGAGGUAAAUUCUGUACGUGAUCAACGUAAUUGCAGCAGUGGAUGGGCAUAUAGUGCGGCCGAUGCGAUAGCAGGUAGAUGUUUUGUUCAUAAGGAUUGUAGCAAAACUACUAGUUUUUUGAGCGUCCAAUACCUCAUAGAUUGUUCGAGUGGUGCGGGUAAUCAUGGUUGUCGAGGCGGUGAGGCUGUAAAAGCAUGUGAGCUAGUGAAGCUGAACGAAAAAGUGCCUGAUGAAAAGUCAUAUAAUCGCCAAUGUAGGAUGGAUAAGUUUCAGCACACGAUCAAGCUCAAUAUUGGCUGUCAUCAACGCAAAGUGGAUGAUUCCUGUAGUUCGAAGACUUUGAAAAAAUCUAUCAAAAAACAUGGCCCAGUUUCUGGUUCUGUUAGUGUUGAACAACCAAGCUUUCAAUUCGCAAAGGAAGGUAUUUAUUACGAAGAAAAAUGUGAUAAAACGGCGAAUCACGAUGUUUUAGUAGUUGGUUAUGGAACAGAUAAAGGACACGAUUAUUGGAUAGUGAAAAAUUCAUUCGGAAUUUCGUGGGGUAAUAAUGGAUUUCUCAAUAUUUCUGCCAAUGCGACAAAAGAUGACUGUAGAAUUCUCAAUAAGUACAUGUUUCCAGUGUUCAAGGGGAAAAAAAUUAUUGAUUUGUAAGUUUUAAAAUGUAAAAUGCUAGCUUUAUUAUCUUUUUUCAAAUUAUUAUUUUUUAUAAUUAGAUGAUAAAUUAUAAUAUGUAGAUGUAUCAACAUAUAAGUCACCUAUGUACUAGUUUUUCCCCUUAAUUGUUGAUUGUCAUUUCCUGCAGUGAAAAUAAAUUUUAUCUAUACCUGCC